UCGAUGCACACUGCGCCUGUGCUGACCGAGCGCGGACAGCGCGCCUGCGCGGACGAGUCGUAGCGGAAGCAGACGCGGCCGGGAGCAGCUUGGGGGGGGGUGGCUGGGCGUGGCGGGUGGUGUGUGGUCCCAGUGCGGUGUAAGGGCGAUACYGCGCUUCCCAAAGUUUUCCUGCGGCUUAGCCCGGGGAUCCCGUGCGUGCGUGCGGCGGCGCGCGGCCUUUGGUCGCCAAGCCCCGGGUCUUGGCCCGGCGGCCCUGCGGGCCUGCGCUCGCGCCGCAGUCUGCCUUUGAGUUCUCGCGAGACCGGCGCGCGCGCGUCCCAGCCGGCUUCGUAAAGCGGGCGGCGUCCUGGCGGCGAGCAGUGCGAUGGACGAGGACCUGGUGGUGGCGCUGCGGCUGCAGGAGGAGUGGGACGCGCGGGCCGCGCAGCGCGAAGCAGCCCGGGAGCCGCCGUCGCUGGUGGACGCGUCCUGGGAGCUGGUGGACCCUACCCCGGACCUGCAGGCCCUAUUCGUGCAGUUCAACGACCGCUUCUUCUGGGGCCGGCUGGAGGCCGUGGAGGUCAAGUGGAGCGUGCGCAUGACACUGUGAGUGCCCGCGCCGUCGCGAACGGCCCUCGGGGCUGUGUGCUGUCUAGAGCUCGAGCCUGGCCUCAACAUAAAGGCAGAGAGAAAUCUUGUCUAUACUCUCUUGCACGAGAUGAUACAUGCCUAUUUGUUUGUCACAAAUAAUGAUAAAGACCGGGAAGGACAUGGUCCAGAGUUUUGUAAACAUAUGCAUCGUAUCAACAGCCUGACUGGAGCCAAUAUAACGGUGUACCACACCUUCCACGAUGAGGUGGAUGAGUAUCGGCGACACUGGUGGCGCUGCAACGGGCCCUGUCAGCAUAGACAGCCAUAUUUUGGCUACGUCAGACGCGCAACCAACAGGGCACCCUCUGCUCAUGACUUCUGGUGGGCCGAGCACCAGAAAACCUGUGGAGGCACCUAUAUCAAAAUCAAGGAGCCAGAGAACUACUCAAAAAAAGGCAAAGGCAAGGCAAAGCCAGGAAAGCCACCAGUGCCAGCUGUGGAGAAUGCAGAUAAGCCCAGUAGAGGUGGGGCACAGCCGUUGGUCCCUUUCAGUGGGAAAGGCUAUGUUCUUGGAAAAACAAGCAGUUCACCUAUGCCUGAGAAAGCCAUUACCUCGCAUUCCAUCAAUGAGACCAAAGAUGUUUUUAAUCAAGGCCAUUCAGCAAACACCCUAAGGUCUGAUUCCAGCAUUGAAGUGAAAUUUGAACAGAAUGGUUUAAGUAAAAAAUCAUCUCAUCUGGUCUCCCCUGUUGUCAGUACCAGUACCAGUCACCAAAGCAUCCUGAGCAACUACUUUCCCAGGGUCUCAGUUGCCAACCAGAAGGCUUUCAGAAGUGGGAGUGGAUCUCCAACAGCAAAUGGGACCUUUGGCGACAUCACUAAACACUCUGUCUCUUCUGGCUCUCAGAGAAGGGUUCCAGCUUCUAAGAUGCCCCUGAGAAAUUCCUCCAGAGYGAAGACAUCAGCAUCUGCAGCUGUAGCCGGGGGUGGGGUUGGGUCCCAAGAGAGAUCCCCAAGCAAACGGCCCAGGCUGGAAGACAAGACUGUUCUUGACAACUUUUUUAUCAAGAAAGAGCAAAUACAGAAAGGUGGCAGUGAUGUGAAGAGUAGUUCACACCCUGAGGCUGCAAGUCAGAGUUCCAGCAGCUGCUGUGGUCAGAGCCAGCUGGUCAGCUGUCCAGUUUGUCAGGAUGAAGUUCUGGAGUCGCAGAUUAAUGAGCACUUGGACUGGUGCCUUGAAGGUGAUGGCAUCGGAGUCAGAAGCUGAGAAGCUUCUGUAAAGGCGAUGAGUCUCACUUGUUACGUGUGACCUUAGGGACCACCGCCAGCCGUGGGGGACUCUGGGUGACACCAAGCCUGUGGUUAGCACAGUGUUCUGUUUUACUCUAGGUGGAGGUCUAAAGUUGGGCUCGGGAGCGCAUGCCUGUAGUCCCACUACAGAGAGCUGAGAUGGAAGGUAGCUGUGAGUUUAUGAGUUUGAAACCAAUCUUGGUGACGUGGUGAGACCACCGUCUCAAAAAAAAAGUUUACAUCUUAAGGUGCUGGGUUUACUCCUGCCUUACCUACAUUGUGGUCCAGAGUUUGUUCUGCCUAUGCAGUUUUAGAUAUUUUUGUUCUUUCUUGCUCUUGAAGGCUUUAAAAUCUAUUAAUCUUUAUUUAUAUGUUUUUAUCAAAAUAUCUGUCUCAGGAAUGCUGUCGGGUUUUGGUUAAGUUAAAACUCACUUCCAUAGCACCAGAUGUGCCAAAACCUGGAUGACGUAAAGGUACAGAGUUGAGUCAUUGUAGGGUGCUCAAGUUUAGGGUUUUUAAACAAUAGGAUAUAAAUUUUUGAUAUUUUAUAAAGAAUCUAUCUGUUACAGCUUUACUAAAAGGUAGCAGAUUGGUUAGAUAAGGAAUAUUAUAAAAUAAAUUUAUUUUGGAAUAUUACUAGUUUUAUAGGACAGAUUUUAUAUUGAGUUUAGCUUCUCAGAGUUUAGUAAAGGGAGUGGCUAAACUCAGGCUGGGCAGUAGCUGGUCCAUGUGGAUGCCAGUGUUUGGAACCAUCAUAACAAAAAGGGUGCCAUUGGUGCACUUGGUUUGUUCCUUUUGCAGUGUUUCUCUUCCUGUUCCUGCUGCGGUGCAGAUAGCUUCUGUGUCAGUUGCGUUUGUCUCGMAGGAUACCUCUGCUAUCAACAUUCACUUGGCCUCGGAGGUUCACUUUUCUUGGUUCUGAACUCUGGUGGUGUGAUUUGUUCCUGGUCAGGUUCCAGGAGUCUUGCAGGCCAAUCCAGGUGAURUUUACAUAGAAUUCACCAGUUCACCAUUCCCAUCACCACCAGAGGCUGCUUCUUGUGGUGCCGCCUGCUCCUCAGGCAGCACCCACCACCUUCACUGUCCCCAAAGGUCACCACUGUUUCCACCUAAGGUUAGCUCAGCCUGUUUCUGAAAUUGAUGAAGAAGAGGUGGUAUUGCUAAGUGUGGGGCUCCCCUCACUGCUCCCGAGUGUAUGCAGGUUUCCAUCCACUCCAGCAUUAGUAGGAUUCUCAGUUUGGAGCCAUUGUGAAUGGUGCUGCUGAACACACUCCUGCUCCUGUUAGUGUGCACAUGGUCGUGUGGCUCUGGGGAACACUGUUGGGGUGCACUCCUCCAGCAGUGCAGGAAAGUUCUUAACUGGUUUUAACUCUUAACUGGUUUACUCUUAACUGGUUUUGGCCUGCCCAAGUGUUUAUAUGUCUUAAAGCAUGAAGUUAAUCGGUAUUUAAUAAAUAUUUAUAAAUGGCUGUUGGACUCUGUUGCUGAACACUUGCUGGUGGGCUUUCAUCAGUUGAACAAGUUAUAUGCAAUAAAACACUUUUGGAGCAAAACUGCUCAGAGUUCUGAGGCUGUAAACUGAAGAAGGGAGUUGAGGAGCCAACAGCCUCCUUGGCGACGCAGACUGGCAGAACAGUCUUGACAUCUUUUGCUAAGUGCUGUGACAAGUUCUGCCCGGUGUGGUGGGAAAACCUUAGGAACAGUGAGCAUGAAGCAAGACUUGAGGCCCUUGUCCUGGAGCAGACAAUUCAAGUGGAACCUGGGUCAACCUGGAGGUUAAAGGGUGGAAGGGGCCUGCAGAGAACGCACAGGCAUGGAAACAGACUAGCAGGGUGUUCUGGGGACUGCAAGCUUUGGGAUGCAGCUGGGAUAGGAGGGAGGGGCAAAGUGGCAGGAGAAAGAGCAGAUCUAGCUCCAAGUUGCUAGGGAAGCGACUCUGCUUCUCAUGCCAUCCUGUGGUUGUGGUCCCUUGACCAGGUGGGCUUGGAGAGGCCAUGCCUCAGCCAGGGACAGGCUAAGAAGCCUGGGUGGAGGAAGGCAGAGGCAAGAGGAGGUCAGSAUAGUGAGGCUCAUGUUAGGUCAGUGGCAGGGCCUGGGAUGACAGGAGUACCUGCUUGGCUCCCUUAGAAUGAGGCAUUUGGCCUGAGGUCAAGCCUGCACUUCCAGCUGUGUGAAAAGUGGAGGAAAUGAGCACCCUCAGAGGUGGCUCCUCAGAGCAGAGUCACUCUCUGUUUCUCAUUUUUCCCUUUCUAAAGCAAACUUGUGGCCUCACUAGCAGAGCUGGUGAUUCUGGCUCAGCCUCACAAAGGGGAGACAGGGUGGUGUUUUAUUUCUACAAAAACUAGGGGUUUUUAAGUCAGUGUCUCACAAUGUCCAGUUACAUAGCUUCAGAAACGUUGGUCUGCUUUUGUAGACUGUAAAUGCACACCCUAACUGAAAGGUGGGUGGGAAAAUACUAUGACAAAAACUUCAUUCUGUCCCAUUGUCCCAAAGCUUUAUUUAAAAAAAAUUUUUUUUUAGUUAUACAUGGGCACAGUAUA